UGUCAAAUAWCUGAGCCCGCGUGAAGGGGAAAAAAGAAGAAAAACCAACCAAAUAUCUGUAAAAAAAACAAGAAAUCUGCUAUGAAUUUAGAGCUUCUGCAAACUUUUGGACAAAGUUACCCCGAGGAAUAUGAUGGUGGACUGGACUCUGUWAGCGUUGCUCUAACAGCGUCAUUCAACAGAAGAGGCUCCCUAUUGGCUGUUGGGUGUAAUGAUGGACGUGUUGUGUUAUGGGAUUUCUUGACACGAGGGAUUGCCAAGAUUAUCAGUGCUCAUGUUCAUCCAGUAACAUCUGUCAGUUGGAGUCGUAAUGGCAAGAAAUUGUUGAGUGGUUCAAACGAUUGGAACGUCUCUGUCUGGGAUAUUUUGACAGGAGAGUGUGAACAGAAAUAUAGAUUCCAAUCACCAAUUGCUAAAGUACAAUUCCAUCCACGAAACAAUGAUGAAAUAUUAGUCUGUCCCACCAAGCAAGGGCCAGUGCUGGUGAAUCUCAACGGUAGCCACUCAAUUUUGCCGACAGGGGGAGAGUCAGAGCAUAAUAUUGUUGCAUCAUUCGACAGACGAGGAGAGUAUAUCUACACAGGGAAUUCCAAGGGAAAGGUUAUGGUUAUUGAUGUUAGAAYAAAAGAGGUUAUUACAUCGUUCAGAAUACAGACUGGAACAAGUGCWAACACAGCUAUUAAAGCUAUUGAGUUUGCUCGGAGAGGAAGUGCCUUUUUAAUCAAUUGUCAAGACAGAAUCAUCAGAGUGUUUGACCAUCAGAUCAUUCUAGCAUGUAAAGAUCAGGAAGCYGCUGAACCAGAACCCAUACAGAAGCUACAAGAUCUUGUCAACAGAACGUUAUGGAAAAAGUGYUGUUUCUCAGGUGAUGGUGAAUUUAUAUGCGCAGGGUCUGCUCGAACACAUGCGCUGUACAUCUGGGAGAAGGGCGUUGGUAACCUUGUGAAGAUCCUGCACGGAACCAAGGGAGAGCUAUUGCUUGAUGUAGUUUGGCAUCCCAUUCGACCCAUCAUUUGUUCGAUUUCAAGUGGAGUGGUUUCUAUCUGGGCGCAGAAUCAUGUGGAAAACUGGAGUGCUUUUGCUCCUGACUUCAAAGAACUUGAYGAGAACGUUGAAUACGAAGAAAAAGAAAGCGAAUUUGAUAUCGAAGACGAAGACAAAGAGGAAGAGCUUCAUUCAGAAAGCGAAGCUGGUGAAGAAGAAGAAGUCGAUGUAACAACGAUUGAAAGAAUACCAGCUUUAUGCAGCAGUGACGAGGAAAACGAUGAAGAACUCGAUCAAUUGGCAUAUUUACCAGUCGCGCCAGAAAUCGAUGAUCCUGAAGAGCCUCCAUGGGCUACCACCGAGGUCGAGGAUUACAGUCGCGAGCCUCCAAAACGACGCGCCACUCACGAACCUGCUGUCGAGACACCGAAAAAGAAGGUUAAAGUGAUUGACAUCCGACACGACUCGAACGAACACCAAAGUGACACCAAACGAACAGGUGUUCAAAAGGCAAUAAAAUCCUCGCCAGAGUCCAAAAAACUCGAGCAAAGUUUAAUAAAAGAAAACCACGCGACAAAUAACUCGGUGACAGCUGAUAAUGGUGCGGAGAAUAACACAGAACAAGACAACGAUGAUGAUAAAACCUUUGAUAACGAAGGUCAAGACUCCUCGCCUGAUACAAUAGUAGAAACCAACGACGACUUGGAAGAUUUUAAAGACACAAAUCAAGAAUCUGUGACGACUGAACAAGGGAACUAAAAUACCUCGGGAGGGAAACGCGAUGAAAACGAUAGCGACUGAAGAAAUAGGCAUUAUAUUCUAGCUAAGGACAAGUGCUUGUUCAAAAAGAAGGAAACUGAACAUUUUUCUCGCGACAAUGAAGGACUGAAAGCUUUCUUUUGCCUUUCGCCAUUUCCCGCCAAUUUUCUUAACACGCGCGGUUUUGUUGAAAAAAAUCUGUUAUAUUUUCAGCUAAAAAGUAAGAGAUUUCUUCCUCGAUGUACAUUGUAUUUCUUUGACUUGAAUACGCAAAGCGUAGAAAAGUUUAUUAGGGUUGCAUGGAAACGUGCCUUGAAUGGCUUCCACUCUGAAACAAUCAAAAGUUGACAAAUUUUAUCUCAUCCAAUCAAGAUGUUUUACUUCUUUGAGUAUUUCUUGCUUAGCUCUGGUAUUAUUUAUAGAAUAAAUAAGAUUUGAUCAUCACAUCCGAUAAAGGGA